UUAAUGUGUAUGAAAAACAUAACUUGCACAUCAAACCUAUGAUAUCAUGAACAUUAUCACUUAGGCCAAGUGAGCUCAAUAAAAGGGAAAUAUUAAGUAAAAAUACAUGUAACAUGUGGAAAUGGCAAAAAUCAUGGUGAAGCUGUGCAAAUGAUGGAAGUUCAGAAAGUGCUGUCUUAAGCCAUGGGUGUGGUGGAUGAGGUCACCCAAGGAGAGAGUAAGAGUGAAAAGAAAAGAGAGUUGACAUUUGGGUGGCGGGGAAUGGAGAAGAAGAGCCCAUGAAGGAGACUGAGGAAGAGCAGCCAGACGAAUAGGAGGAGAACCAGGAGAAGAUGGUCUUUGGAGUCCAAAUGAAGAGUUCUGAGGAGGAAGUGGUCCACAGUGUCAAGAUCGUGUACCAUGGACGAUUUUGCCGAGGAGGAUUUCGCUGUAACAGAUUAUGCCUUGUUAGAAGAUUGCCCUUAUGUGGAUGAUUGUGUCUUUGCUCCUGAAUUUAUGACUGAUGAUUAUGUUCGUGUGACCCAGCUUUACUAUAAUGGGGUGGGUAUGCAGUAUAAAGAUUAUGUCCAAAGUGAGAGAAAUUCAGAAUUUGACAUCUGCAGUAUAUGGUGUAAUAAACCAAUUUCUCUCCUGCAAGAUUAUUGUGAUGCCAUUAAAAUAAACAUAUUCUGGCCACUUCUGUUUCAACAUCAGAAUAGUUCUGUAAUAUCACGAUUGCAUCCCUGUCUGGAAGCCAACAAUUCUCGUGCUUCUGAGAUAAGUUUGAAGAAAUUACAGCAUCUUGAGUUGAUGGAAGAUAUUGUGGAUUUGGCAAAGAAAGUUGCUGGUCUGAAAUACUUGUGUAAGAUAAAUUUGCUUAGAAUUAAUACCCAAAUCCCAUUCUUCAUUCCUCUUUUGAAACAGAAAAUCUUGGCAAUGGAGGAAGCUUUGAAUUGGAUAAAAUAUGCAGGCGAUGUAACAAUUCUAACUAAAUUAGCAUCAGUUGACAGUUGUUGGCCUAUGUUAAGUAUUUUCUUUACUGAAUGCGAUUUUAUGGUAGAAGUGGAGAAGCACCUACCUGAAAACCACCUUCUUUAUGGUAACAGAGCUCUUUGCUUUCUUCGUACUGGACAGUUCAGAAAUGCCCUUGGUGAUGGAAAGCGAGCCACCAUUCUGAAGAGCACGUGGUCAAAGGGUCAUUAUCGUUAUUGUGAUGCUCUUUCUAUGCUGGGGGAAUAUGACUGGGCCCUGCAAGCAAACAUAAAAGCUCAAAAACUCUGUAAAAAUGACCCUGAGGGAAUCAAGGAUCUAAUUCAGCAGCAUGUAAAGUUACAAAAACAAAUAGAAGACUUACAAGGUCGAACACCAUAUAAGAAUCCAAUUAAAGCCUUUUAUGAAAGUAGGGCCUCCACACCUAGGAGUCUGUCAGGACCUAGGUUUAGUACUUCACUUAACUUUGUGGAGAAGGAAAGAGAUUUCAGAAAAACUAACCACGCGAUGGCAAACGGGGGUAAUCAGAAUCUAAAGGUGGUAGAUGAGGCUUUGAAGGUAGAUGAUUGUGACUGUCAUCCUGAAUUUCCACCACCGUCAAGUCAGCCUCCCAAACACAAAGGAAAACAAAAAUCCCGAAACAAUGAAUCGGAGAAGUUCAGUUCUAAUUCACAGUUAACUUUACCAGUAGAUUGGAAAAACAUCUUGGAGAAACAAUUUUCAAAAUCUUCAAGAGCUGCACACCAGGAUUUUGCUAAUAUAAUGAAAAUGCUGAGAAGCUUAAUUCAAGAUGGCUACACAGCCUUGUUGGAGCAGCGCUGCCGCAGUGCUGCACAGGCCUUUACAGAGUUGCUGAAUGGUUUAGAUCCUCAAAAAAUAAAGCAAUUGAACCUGGCCAUGAUUAACUAUGUCUUGGUAGUCUAUGGACUUGCCAUUUCUCUUCUUGGAAUAGGACAACCUGAGGAAUUAUCUGAAGCUGAAAACCAGUUUAAGAGGAUUAUUGAACACUAUCCCAAUGAGGGGCUUGACUGCCUGGCCUACUGUGGAAUUGGAAAAGUAUAUUUGAAAAAAAACAGAUUUCUAGAAGCUCUCAAUCACUUUGAGAAAGCAAAAACCUUGAUUUAUCGUCUUCCUGGAGUGUUAACUUGGCCCACAAGUAAUGUGGUUAUUGAAGAGUCUCAGCCAGAGAAAAUAAAGAUGCUGUUAGAGAAAUUUGUUGAAGAAUGCAGGUUCCCUCCAGUGCCAGAUGCCACUUGUUGCUAUCAGAAGUGCCAUGGAUAUUCCAAAAUCCAGAUUUACAUAACUGAUCCAGACUUUAAGGGUUUUAUACGUAUCAGCUGUUGCCAGUACUGUAAAAUAGAAUUUCACAUGAACUGCUGGAAGAAGUUAAAAACAACAACCUUUAAUGAUAAAAUUGACAAGGAUUUUCUACAAGGAAUUUGUCUUACCCCUGACUGUGAAGGUAUCAUUUCUAAGAUUAUCAUCUUCAGCAGCGGUGGUCAAGUUAAAUGUGAAUUUGAACACAAGGUCAUAAAAGAAAAGGUUCCUCCAAGACCUAUUCUGAAACAGAAAUGUUCUAGCCUAGAGAAGCUAAGACUGAAGGAAGACAAAAAAUUGAAGAGAAAGAUCCAAAAAAAAGAAGCAAAAAAAUUAGCACAAGAAAGAAUGGAAGAGGACUUAAGAGAAAGUAAUCCACCCAAAAAUGAAGAGCAGAAAGAAACCGUAGACAGUGUUCAGAGCUGUCAGUUCCUUGAUGACAGAAUUCUACAAUGCAUAAAGCAGUAUGCUGACAAGAUUAAGUCUGGUAUACUGAAUACUUCCAAGCUGCUCAAAGAAUUGCUUUCUUGGAAAGUUUUGAGCACAGAAGACUAUACAACCUGUUUUUCUAGCAGAAAUUUUCUAAACGAAGCAGUGGACUAUGUCAUUCGUCACUUGAUUCAAGAAAAGAAUAGAGUAAAGACAAGGAUAUUUCUGCAUGUUUUAAGUGAGCUUAAAGAAGUGGAGCCCAAAUUAGCCACUUGGAUCCAGAAACUUAAUAGCUUUGGCUUAGAUGCCACAGGACCUUUUUUUUCUCGUUAUGGAGCAUCUCUUAAGGAGCUUGAUUUCAGCAUCAUGACUUUCCUCUGGAAUGAGAAAUACGGUCAUAAACUAGGCUCUAUAGAAGGAAAGAAACUUGAUUAUUUCUAUGAGCCAGCAUCAUUGAAGGAAGCACGUUGUUUAAUAUGGCUCCUAGAAGAACACAGAGACAAAUUCCCAGCACUGCACAGUGCUUUAGAUGAAUUCUUUGAUAUAAUGGACAGCCGCUGUACUGUGUUAAGGAAACAAGACAGUGGCGAAGCUCCGUUUAGUUCUACCAAGGUGAAAAACAAAGGAAAGAAAAAGAAGCCAAAAGAUUCAAAGGUAUGUAGUGUUACCUGGGAAGGAAAGGGUACAGGGAUGAGAGACAGGCGAAAUUCAGAUUCUGCAGGCCCAUUUGCAGUGCCUGAUCAUCUUCGGCAAGAUGUAGAAGAGUUUGAAGCUCUCUAUGAUCAGCACAGUAACGAAUAUGUUGUCCGCAAUAAGAAGUUGUGGGACAUUAACCCGAAACAAAAAUGUUCAACUCUAUAUGAUUACUUCUCUCAGUUGUUGGAGGAACAUGGUCCUUUGGAUAUGAGUAACAAGAUGUUCUCUGAAGAAUAUGAGUUUUUCCCAGAAGAAACGCGACAGAUACUAGAAAAAGCAGGAGGUUUAAAAUCUUUUCUCCUGGGAUGUCCUCGUUUUGUUGUGAUUGACAACUGUAUUGCAUUGAAGAAAGUUGCAUUACGACUCAAGAAAAAAAGGAAGAAGAAAAACAUUAAAACAAAAGUAGAAGAAAUUUCAAAAACAGGAGAGUAUUUACGAGUUAAACUACCACUGAAUCCAGCUGCUAGGGAAUUUAAACCAGAUGUAAAGUCCAAACCAGUGUCUGAUUCAUCUUCAGCAUCAGCUUCUGAAGAUGUGAAGCCCAAACCUGUACCUGCUGAUCCUCCCAAACCAGCUUGUGAAGAUACGAAGCCCAAACUGGUAGCCGAUGAUUCUUCUACACCAGUUUUUGAGGAUGGGAAAUCUGAAGAGGGCGCUGCUAAUUCUCCCAAACCAGUCUCUGAGGAUGCAAAUCAUAAGCACCUUUCUUCUGAUUCUCCUACAAUAAUUACUGAGGAUGUGAAACUAACCUAUUGGACUCAAUCCCAUUUGGUCACAGGAUUCUGUACAUAUGUUCCUUUUCAGAGAUUUGAUAUCACCCAGGCAACUCCAACAUACAUAAACAUGUUACCAAGUUUGCCCCAGUACGCCAGCCUGUAUGCACCUUUGGCCAACAUUUCUUCUGAAUAUCAGCUGCAAAGAUCAGUACCCGUGGCGCCAUCUUUUGUAGCUGAUGACAGAGCAGAUAAAAAUGCUGCUGCAUAUAUUGAGGGUCAUCAUUUGAGUGCUGAGAAUGCCACUGGCAACCAGAUUGCUUCUGGAACACAGAUCCUGGAGGACUCCUUGGGAACAUCUAUAAAGUCACCGUGCAGCACAGGUGAUGCUGAUACAGUCCUAAGCGAGUCUAACAGAAAUGAUGGGCACUCUGGAAAUUCUGACAACAAAUGUGAAGUAAAUCCGGAAAGUACCAAUGCAGUAACAAAUAUUCCACGUACACAGAUGGUCGCUGUACAGGUUUCUUGGAAUGUAACAUACCAGGAAGUCAAUACUGAGCCAUAUGAUCCUUUUGAGGCACAACACGGAGAAAUCACACAGAUUGAAAAGGAGUACCAACUAUUACAAGAGCAGCUUAAAGAAGCAUGUGAAAAUUAUGAGCAGAUAAAACUUAAGAGCUCGGAAGAGACCAGGGACCUGGAAGAAAAGUUGAAAAGGAACUUAGAAGAAAACAAGAUCUCAAAGACAGAAUUAGAUUGGUUCCUCCAAGAUUUGGAAAGAGAAAUUAAAAAGUGGCAACAGGAGAAAAAAGAAAUCCAAGAAAGACUAAAAGCACUGAAGAAGAAAAUGAAAAAGGUUGCAAAUGGCAUUGAAAUGUAUACCCGGAAAAAUGAUGGACAGGAUAAGGAACAUGAAUUACAUCUGGAUCAGUCUCUUGAAAUCAGUGAUACAUUUACAAAUGAGAAAAUGAAAAUAGAAGAGCGUAUAAAGAAAGGGAAAGAGCAUUAUGAAGAGAGUCAUCAAAGAGCUGUGGAUGCAGAGAUAUCUGUUCUUGAAAACCGGAAGGAGAGCGAAAUGUACAAGUUACAGAUCAUGGAGGCACAAGCGGAAGCCUAUCUGAAGAACCUGGGGCUGAUGAGUGAUUCUGCAGCAUAUCCCGACAUAGAGUCUGAUAUACAUUCAUGGGAAUUGUUUCUUUCUGAUGUUACAGAAGAAAUUGAGAAAGCAAAAUCUCAGUUUGAAGAACAAAUAAAGGCUAUUAAAAGUGGUUCUCGGCUCUGUGAACUUUCUAAAGUGCAGAUUUCUGAGCUUUCAUUUCCUGCCUGUAACACAAUUCGUCCUAAAUUACUUCCUGAAUCUUCAGACCAUGAUGAUCAAGGGCCUGUGGCUUCCCCAAGUGACAUGGCUGGAGACCAGACAGCGGUUCAUGAGGGUCCAGGUCUCUUCUCUGCCGGCGACUGCCCAAUGGAGGCUCCUGCGCCGUCGCCAGGAUCGCCCUCCAGACAGCCUGAACUCACUCAGCCAUCAGAGCCAAAGCGAGCCGGCCAGGCAGCUGCCUCAAAACAAAGCCCUGCGGCUGAUCAGCAACUACCUGCUCUUCCAGGACGUGCUGCUCGUACAAGCCAGUCUCCAAAAAAACCGUUCAAUAGUAUUAUUGAGCACCUGUCAGUGGUAUUCCCAUGCUACAACAGCACCGAGCUUGCUGGUUUUAUCAAAAAAGUGCGAAACAAAAACAAGAACUCACUCUCAGGAUUGAGUAUUGAUGAAAUUGUCCAAAGAGUGACAGAACACAUUCUAGAUGAACAGAAAAAGAAAAAGCCAAAUCCCGGGAAGGACAAGAGGACAUCUGAGCCCAGCGCUGCUGCCUCUGUGACCAGGUCCUCCCAGGGCCCCCCCUCGGGGAUUCCCGGACCAUCGCCCAAAACCAAGGGGCAGAAAACGGAAGGUGUCCCUGCAUCGGGCGCAAGUUCCUGUGAAUUAUGCCAUGAGGUGUUCAAAUCAAAAAAUGUGCGUGUGCUAAAAUGCGGGCACAAGUAUCACAAAGGGUGUUUUAAGCAGUGGCUUAAAGGGCAGAGCACUUGCCCAGCCUGCCGGGACCGGGAUCACCUGUCAGAAGAGUAGCCUGCACCUUCUGGAAGAGGCCAGCCCGGUGAAAAUCAGGAACCAUCUCCCCGCUGCUCUAGGUAGUCACACUUCACUAAAGAGUAAAUCACUCGUGUGUUGAAUUGGAAGAAUGACAAUACACUACCUUUGGUAUAAAAGCAAACAUUGGAAGACCCUCCUGCAUUGUGUAUCACAAAGUUAAUAACUGGAACUCUUUAAUACAAUUAAGUAAUUUCCCCACUAUGAUUAAACACGUCAAAGGUAGCCAAGUAAUGCCUGAUAGAGUGACACAGGACCACAUUCUUACAUUGCUGGGGCUGCUACAGAGGGGCUCUUUGAGGUGGUGGCUUCUUUUGGAAACUGUUGUGAGCACCUUAAAGCAGUGUUUGAGUUACAGGAAUUCUUAACAUAUUCAGGUGCACCAGGUUCCCCUUUUAUGUUUGAAAAACCUGCUCUAGUAGUUCCACAAGAGAGACGGUAUCAAUCUUUUAAAAAUUUUUAGAAGAUUCUGUAUUCCUGAAAAUAUGCCAACAUUUUUCCUCGAAGAUUAUGCAUCUUAAAAAUGGGCAUAAGCAAACUAUAUUUUAAUAAUUUGUAAUUUUAAAAUAUUGGCUGAUUUAGACCAAAAGAUUCAAGUCUCCUCUUCAUGAAAUGCCAUGUGCUUUCAGUUUUUUCAUUUCAUUAUUUUAUGUCCCCCCC